UAGAAAACGCGUUGGUUUUGUUUGAAUGUGAUUGAAAAUGCAUAAAUAUUUUGUGAAAUAUGUGAUAUGUUUUUGUUUACUUUUAUGUACACAAGAGAUGAACAGCACCAAAUUCGAAACCUUAGACAAAAGGUAUCACUUGGUGUCGGAGGCGUAUCACAGAGCCAAAACACUCUUCAUUCAAGGCCGCACACAAUACGAUAAGCUCAAGGAGAGGUCUCUGAGCACCAUGGAUAUGUUCCUGGAUCUUGUGGAGAUUCUGAACGAGCACAUGUCACAGGAACUGCGGAGUGCCAUCGUCAAGUAUUACAAGAUCAAGUUCUUACAUGAUUUCAAUAAUUACGUCAUCAACAUGGAAGAGAUAAUGGACAUUAUUGAGCACUGUCUGAUUGGACCGACAGAGAAGUUGGCAUUCGUCCGCAACCAAUUCCACAACAUGAUAAAAAACUUUGAGGACGUGCGAAACUUCGACACCGUGGACAAGUGUCACGAUGAGUUGCCCGAUGAGGUCUCCGCAGCCCACUGCAUCCUGCAUCAAGCUGUGCUAUUCAACGAGACGAUGCAAGAUAGUCUGGUGUCCAUAGUGGAGAUGAAGACUAAGCAACACGCCCGAGAUGUUAACGCGUCACUAUACGAGGUGCCACCGUGUCUCAAUUAUUUUGUGCCUCACUUCUUUAAUCAAUUGCUGGUUGAUUCAUUUUCGGGUAAAUCAGGCGUACUUAAACCUAAACGCGGUAUUAAAGGCUGCUUAUUUAAGCCAGAGGUAGAAGGAACAGAUAACUGCGAAUUUAUGCGAGUAGUAAAUGCCUCAAUGGUCGAUUUUACUUCAGAUAAGUGGCGAAAUAAUUUUGAAGCAUUAUUUCCCAAGAAAUGGGGACCUUUAAUUUUAACCUUAAAAGAAAAAGGAAAAACGCAAGGAAUCAAGUAUAUACAAGAGCAUACAUGACAUUGCUUUCAGCUAAUAUUUCUUCUGAAGUGAUAUACUUCUUUGAGUAGUGAAGACCUUCAUUCUAAUUAAACACACCUAUAUAAUCUAUUUGCUUUAUUUAUUUUUAACUUCUUUCCCAAUAUCCAAAUUCCAGUUAACAACGUAAUAAAUACGAAAGUCGUCUACUCUUAGUUGUAAAUACCUACUUAGUUAUAAGUCGGUAGGUAGUAUAAAACUGAUAUAUUUGGAUUAAAAAAUAUUAUGAGGCAUUUCACAAGUGAAAUUCAAG